AUGGCAGUGGAAACCAUUCCACCCACCGAAUAUGCCCUGCUGCUAGUGUUGGAAAUCGCUCCUGACACACCGGGUCCAUACGACGAUGUCAACAGCAACACAACAGCCCCAAACAUGGAACUGUACUUCUACAGAUCGCAAGGAAUUGUUAGUAGCUACACCGUGACACUGUCUGGAGUUUCGUCUUCCUACAAUCGGGCACAAACUAUAUCUCCAUCAGGACAAGACAAGGAAUCUGUUUAUUUCAGUAAUAUAACAGCUGGAAAAUACUAUAUUCUAGAAAUCAUCGCAGUUAGUUUUGGUGUUCGAAGUGAACCCUACAUCUACAAAAAUAUCCGUGGCGCGGUUAAAGCACCUACCAGUGUUACUCAGUUUUCUGUAUCCAGCAUCACAGACCAGUCGAUGUUUGUACAGUGGAAAGGUCCAAAUAAUCCAAACGGUGUCAUAUAUGGUUAUAUUUUAACUCUACAAAUACAGCAAAGCCAGAGCUGUCAACAGAAGAUUGUGUUCCGCUGCAGUGAUUGUCAAAAUAUGAGUAUUGUUGAUAAUGAUACACACUGCAGCGAUAUUCCACAGACCAUAAUCAACAAGACGAGAAGUGUUCUGAAUAAUCGUAGUGUUGAGUUCAGCCAUACACUGACAGAUCUCCUUCCUUUCAUGCUUUACACGACUGGGGUGUUUGCCAUCAAUGCACUUGAAUACGGACCAUAUGUAAAGUUAGAGAACAUGACUGAAACAAAAGCUGCUGCAACACCAACCGGCUUCUCCAGUUCAAUGGUAACACAUUCAUCAAUAGCAUUGAUCUGGAUGCCAGAAUCACCUCGGCCAGGAUUAACAAACUAUACACUGACAGUUUUUGAGAAAUCAGAAAUCGAUUCAAGUUCCAACAUCCAGAUACAACAGAUAGAGAUACCAGGCUGGAGUAGUACCACUUACAAUGUCAACAGUCUGUCCAGCUACUGGGAUUACAAGUUCACCUUAGUGGCGAUGACCUCUGCUGGGACGUCUGCGCCUGCAACUACAUCAUACAUCAAGACAAGUGAAUCCGCACCAAUUGCAGCAGAAGGGUUCAAUGUUAACACAAUUGCAGAUAACUACACAGCCUUAAGUGUAAGCUAUCAGUGUCCGAAGCAGAAAGAUGGAAGAAAUGGAGUAAUACGGUCUUCUAACUUAAAGUUCGAGUCAUUUCAGGCAAAAGUUGAUGCACCUAUUAAUGGUAACAAGAUGAUUGCACCCAGUGGUAAUUGUGAAUUUAAGACAACUGUAACCAUUACUCCAGAAGUCAACUACACGUUCUCU